AUGUUGCAACCCAAAACCCGUCGGCACCAAGACAAGCCUGACAAACUGAACUUCUUCGCCCAAAAAAAGGUUGCGGCCCUGGCAAGACAAACUGCCACAGCGGACCCUCAAGAUGGCGCCGAACGCGACCUGCAAGAUGUCGGAUCUCGCACAAC